UUGUAGUUCUAGCGACUCUGAUGCGAUACGGAAGAAGCGAUGCGAUGGACAACCCAACCCUGCAAAAGGUUGCAGUGGUGACGGGGGCCAACAAAGGAAUCGGGCUCGAAAUAUGUAGGCAGCUCUCCGCCAGAGGAGUCACGGUGGUGCUAACAUCCAGAGACGAGGAGAGGGGUCUCGCGGCCGUCCGCAAGCUCGAGGCCUCCGGCGCUGCCGAUGUGGUAUUCCAUCAACUGGAUGUCAAUAAAUCCGCUAGCAUCGCUUCUUUGGGGGAUUUCAUCCAUACCCGAUUUGGAAAGCUAGAUAUACUGGUGAAUAAUGCAGCUAUUGGGGGAAUAGCAUCGAAUACUCAGCUACUGGAUUCCUCCAAGCAAGCGAUGCAGCCAGUUAGCUCAUCAGGCCUGGCAAAUGCAAUUGUAGAGACUUAUGAAUUAGCCGAAGAUUGCAUCAACACAAACUAUUAUGGUCCAAAAAGAGUGACAGAGGCAUUUAUCCCUCUGCUUCAGUCAUCCCAAUCACCAAGGAUAGUGAAUGUAUCCUCACUCUAUGGGAAACUGCAGUACAUCCGCAGCGAAAGAAUCAAAGAAGAGCUAAGGAAUGUGGAUACUCUUUCAGAAGAUAGAUUGGAUCAACUGGUGCAGGCCUUCAUGAAUGAUUUCAAGGAAGGGAAGUUGGACCAAAAUGUCUGGCCAACGAGAAACAUGGUGGCAUACAAAGUCGCUAAAGUUGCUUUGAGUGCUUACACAAGAAUCCUCGCAAAGAGGUACCCAAAAUUCUGCAUCAAUUGUGUCAAUCCUGGUUUUGUUAAGACAGAUCUAAACUGGAACCUUGGAGUUCUGCCUGUUGAAGAAGGAGCUGAGGGACCUGUGCUUCUAGCCAUUCUCCCUGAUGGAAGCCCCUCAGGGCUUUUUUAUGAUCUGAAAGAAGUUUCCUCCUUUGAAUGAAAUGAUUAACUCAAAUGUUGAAACACUUAAAACUCUUGUUUUCUCUGCAAGAGCAAAUGUACUUUGUUGGCUGAUGGAAAUUUUCCAUAAGGCCAAACUGGUCAUAAUAGUUGAAUAUUUGGAUU